AAUUUAGGUUUCUAUUCAAAUCUAUGAUGAGCAUGAAGAAAAGCCAUACCAUUGGUAAAUAUCACAGAUUACAGGAGUAUUAUGAUCAAGAGGGGUCUGUGUACAUUGCAUUUCCUUGUUAUACUUAUUUGUACAUCUUUGUACACACCACUGUGAGGACCUCAAUUGCUACCAAUUUGGAGAAGUUUCAGACAAACUCUGACAUAUAUAGCAUGAAUACAUGGUAUAAGUAUGAUCUCCAUCAGUUGAGCACUAACCUCACUAAUUAUUAUGUAGGGAUCAAUUAUUCAGUACUCAUACAGAUAGAAUUACAAGUUUAAAUCAUGAUAUAAAAGUAUUUAAGCCAGCAUUGACAGAUUAUUAAAUACUUUAAAUGUAAUAAUUAUGCAGUUAUAAUUCUCUUGUAUUUUAUUUUACUAGGUAUUCAUAUUCAUACUAUUAUGUGACAUUUUUGCUUGUACUAGGAAGGAUCUAUGAAAUCUAAAUAAAUUCUGAUUGAGAUUUGAGGUUCUCAUAGCAGUGAAGAUGUUAGUGUUGGUCUUCCACAUUGUGACACUGUGGACUUGUUAGUGCAUACAUAUGUUUUGGAGGAAUAUACCGUCUCCAUCUCAAGGCUGACAUUCAGUCUCAGUGGAUAAUGUUUGAUGUAUGUGAGAAGACCAAGGAGACUGAAUAUGUUUUGAGGAAACAACGUGCUGUUAUCGAGUUCCUGGUGUGUGAGAACGAGACGGUGGGAAACAUCCACAAGCGAUUGCAGAAAGUGUAUGGGGAGGAUACUGUCGAUCGCAGGACAGUUAGCCACUGGGCACAAAGAACAUCAGGCAAAGGUGGACAUGCAGACAUUCGCGAUUUGCCGCGCAGCGGCAGGCCACAGUCAGCGUGGACGGACGCCAAUGUUGAAAGGGUGAACAACAUGAUCAUGGCGGACAGACGCAUAACUGUGAAACAAUUGUCACUCCGACUGGACAUUGAAAAAGCCAUUGUGUGCUGAAUAUUGGAACAGUUGGGAUUUUCGAAGGGCUGUGCGAGCUGGGUUCAGCGGAAACUGACAGACGCACACAAAGAGAUUCGCAAAACCAUCUGUGGAGACUUUCUGGCGCGGCAUGAGGACGACGGAGAUGAAUUUCUUUCGCGCAUCGUGACCGGAGACGAAACAUGGCUGCACCAUUUUGAACCCGAAACCAAGCGACGAUCAAUGGAGUCGCAUCACGCGAAUUCUCGGAAGUAGUUCAAAGCUGCUUCUUGGGCUGGAAAGCGCUGAUCCCGAGUUUUACCGUACGGGCAUACAUGCCCUUGCUCCGAGGUGGCGUAAGGCAGUUGAGAGAGACGAAGACUACGUUGAAAAGUAUCAUAUUGUUCCUAAAGGCUGUACCUAUCAACAUUGUCUAAAGCAAAGUUGUAAAAUAAAUUUGAAUAAAAAAAUAUGGAGCAUUA